AUGCAGAUUUACAUGGGCCGUAGAAAUGACAUGUGUUCACCCCUUCUCCGACUCGAACUCUGCAACGCAUCUCGACUAACGCCCCUCUCUGCAGACUUCGAGCCGCAUCUCCUGAAAUUGGGUCUGGCGAAGAGCCAGACUUCGCUCGUGUGGAUCGCUCCUCCGCUGUCUGGGCUGAUUGUGCAGCCGGGUAUUGGCGUCUUGUCGGAUGCUUCGCAAUCGAGGUGGGGUAGGAGGAGGCCGUUCAUGCUGCUUUUCUCCCUCUUGGUGGCUUUGUUCCUCGUGGUGCUUGCCUGGGCGUCGGAGGUUGUUGGGGUGUUUACUGCUGAUGAGGUUAUGGUGAAAAGCGCUACGGUGGCUUUGGCCGUGUUCUGUAUCUAUGCCGUGGAUUUUGCGAUCAAUGGGGUGCAAGCGACCUGCCGCAGCCUCAUCGUGGACACACUUCCAGAAUCUCAGCAGCAACUUGGCUCAGCAUGGGCGGGCAGGAUGCUCGGACUCGGUCAAUUACUUGGCUAUCUUGUCGGCACUGUCAACUUGUCAAAGUAUUUCGGAACAACUCUGGGAGCGACUCAGUUUAAACAGAUUUGCGUCAUUGCGGGAGCUACGAUUAUUUGCUGCGUCAGCGUGACUUGCUUCUGCGUUGAAGAACGUGUGCUGCUUUCUAAAAGAACUCACCGCGCAAAGUCAGGAGGACUGGCGAUGCUGUCGACGAUACUCAGAACUAUGCUCCACCUACCGAGCAAGAUCAGGGCGGUGUGUUGGAUUACUUUCUGGUCUUGGUUCGGGUGGUCUCCAUUCUUUGUCUAUGGUACUACGUGGGUCGGAGAGACAUAUUACCGCCAGAAUGCCGACAACGCUGCGGAAUUGCAGACCAAAAAUGACAUGGUGGGCGAAAUUGCUAGGAAGGGUUCUUUGGCCUUGGUCUUGUUCUCUGUGAUUUCCUUCAUCAGCUCAAUCUUUUUGCCUUUCGUAAUAUCGUUGCCCUCCGACGGCAUCGCCCAUCAUCCUGUUAGAAAUACCGCGCGACCGCUUAAACGAACCUCGAGCCUCUUCCAGCGGUACCAUAUUGACAUUACGGCAGCGUGGGGUAUGUCGCAAUUAGCGUUUGCGGCUUCGAUGAUCCUAACACCGUUCUCGACUUCCUUUCAAUUCGCAACUACCCUCAUUGCCCUCUGCGGAGCAUCCUGGGCCAUGUACGGCUGGGCACCUCUCGCAAUCAUGGGCGAAGAAAUCAACAAGCUUUCACCCUCUGCCUCCACACCUGCGACCCAUUCCCGGAGCACAGAAGACAGCGCGGUCGAGAUGUCCCUCAUUUCCGAUGACCCUCUCUCAACACCAGAGGAAUUGCCGUCACCUACCGUCAAGAGCCAGCAAUCGGACCUCGGCGCAGACGACGGCAUGGCAGGUAUCUACCUCGGCAUCCACAACAUCUUCGCCACCAUCCCGCAAUUCCUCGCCACGUUCAUAUCCAUGUUCGUAUUUUCGGUCCUGGAGCCUGGCCAGAGCCCGGAACUGGCCGCCGGCGAGGCAUCGUCACCGGCUACUCAUGACCUAGAGCUGCCGCCGGGUGGACUGGCCAGGAGCGGGCUGAGCGGCACCGCUGUCUGUCUCGCGAUCGGAGCGGUGUUUCAAUUGGUGGCGGCGGCGCAGAGUCUGAGAAUGCGGAAGUUUUAG